UGGACACGGGCAGCGAGCUCCUAACAGUCUGCUUCGCGCAGUUUCUACUCCUUUCAGAUCAGUCAUAACAGCACCGAGCUGGUUUCAACACGUGCGCCCGCGUAACUGCUGAAAAACUGCCACUGAAUGGCACUGUGCAAAAUGGGAACAGCAGCGAAACACUGUAACCAAGUAAAAUGAAUCCCGUCACGCUGCUCCUCGUGCUCACGAGCGUCGCCGCCUUCUGGCUCCAGCUCGCCGGCUUCGUCGCCGUCUCGCGGGCGACGCGCUCGUACGCGUCCGAGCAGCUCUCGGGCGACUCGAAGCGCGCGCGCCACACCAUCCUGCCGGCGUGGCGGCCGCUGCUCGUGGGCAAGUGCUACGUCCUCGCCUUUGCGGCGGCCGCGGCGACGGCCGCGGCCGCUUCGCUUAUCGCGUGCCAUGCGAUCGGUGCGUGGGGCGCCUGGGCCUGGGCCGACGCCGCGGCAUUAGUUGGCGUCGCCGACGCCGCCCUCGUCCCGGCGGUCGUCGCGCAGGACGCCGUGACCGUGCGCGCCUUCCGGAGAGCCGUCGCGCUCCCGCUGCUGGCGCUCGUUAUUCAGCUCGGGCCCUGGGCCGGGCGGUACUUUAGUUCGACGGAAUCUUCGAGAGUUGCGGCGAGCGCCGUCCUCGUCGUGGCCGGCGGCCUCGCGCCCCUCGCGGCCUCUUUAUUGAUUCUGACGGGCCGCGUGCCGUCGCGCGUGCGCCUGCGGUCGCGGACGCACCGCGCGGCGUUCGUGCUGCACGCUGUUUUAGCGUUUGGGUUCGCACUGAGCUUGGGUCUCCGGCUCGUCGACGCGCCGCGCGAGGCCCCCGCGUGCGGCGCCGCCGCCGUCGCCGUCGCCGUCGCGGAGCUCCUCCUCACGGCGCUGAUCCCCGUCGCCGCGCGGAAGACUUUGGUGGCGGACACGAAGUACUGGCGCGGCCUCGGGAAGCAUAAUAGAGAUUCGGAGCUCGGCCGCGCGACGACGGAGCGGCGGCUGCCCGCGAAGUGGACGCUGAGUCUCGGGACCUGGACGAGUUUUAGGAGGAGCCGGGACCUCGCGCUGCGGCCGCGCGCGGAAAUGAAUCUUAACGUCGCCUCGACGAAGCUGCAGUCGAUCGUCGAGGAGGCCUCGCGCAAGAAGUCUUUGAUAAAUUCGGACCGGCUCAAGGUCGUCGAGGGCGCCGUCCUCGGCGCGGGCGCGUCGGCGACGGUCUUCCGCGGGUCGUAUCGGGACCAGGACGUCGCGGUCAAGGCCUUUAGACCCGUGGAGUUGUGUGACGAGGACGUCGAGAAGAUCGGGCGCGAGAUCGGCAUCGUGGCUGGGUUAAGGCACCGGAACGUCGUGUACCUGCACGGCUUAUGUGUCAGGCCGCCGGCGGUGUGCGCCGUCUACGAGUUCUGCGACCAUGAUUUAUCAGUGGAGAUCCGCGACCGUAUCAGUGAUAAGACGUGGACCGCGGAGGCUCAGUGGCGUUGUACAAUCGACGUGCUGAGCGGUAUUGCAUAUGCCCACGCCAAGGGCGUCUGGCACCGCGACGUCAAGCUCGAGAACUUUUUAGUGGCGGACUGCGGCACGGUCAAGCUGAGCGACUUUGGCGAGUCGGUGAGGCGGCCGACGAGCGGCGGGCUGGACGACGAUUCGGAGGACGAGUCCGACGACGACGCGGACGACGUCAAAGACGUCCUGGCCAGCUUACGGCGGGAGACGGCCAAGACCCUGAAGCGGCAGGUCUACGGCGCGCCGGAUCGCGUCCGGGAAAACGUCGUGGGCACGGCGGACUAUCUCGCGCCCGAGUUGAUUGCGGCGGCAGCGCACGACGAAAGGGUAGACGUCUACGCGGCGGGCGUCGUGCUGCGGUGCGUCCACGCGGGCGACGACCGGCCCUGGCCCGCGGCAUACGGCAACUUCGACAUCUUCGCGGCCGUGCAGCGCGGCGAGCGGCCGUCCCUUGAGGGUGUGGGGUCGAGCGCGACGAAGUUAGUGGAGAGCGCGUGGCGCGGCGACGCGGCGGCGCGGCCCGCCGCGGCGGCGCUGCGGGACCGCGCCGUGCGGGCGCUGCGUCUGGUCGCGGGCGCCGAGGCUCUGGCGCGGCUCCGCGACGCGCUCGACGCGCCGCGGGCGUCGUCGCUCCGGCGGCCCUCGCGCGUCGAGUCGCCCGAGGCGCCGCCGCUUCGGCGCGUGUAG